ACGGAACAGCUGUGCGGUGGUCCCUCUGUGUCCCAAGUUCCGACGCGACAUGGAGCUCGCGUCGGUGCGCGGAGCUGUCACGUCGUAAAGAGAGGCGGAGGAUCGUCAUCGUCUCGCACAGACUCUCGUCGCUUAAAUGACACGACGGCGCAAUGACGCGCUCGAAGAUCCAGAAGAUGAAAUUUUUCCUGUUGAUCCUCCUACUGGCGCAGAGCGCGGUCAGCGAGGAGGUCGUCAGCUUACGGGAGAGGAGAGACGCGACGGCGACAGUUGAGAGCAAGGGUAAGGACAAGGUCGACGGGCAGCCGGCGCCGUCGCCGGGCAAGAACGGUCAACAGGCGCCCGUUAAGACGAGGCCGCCGGUCGACACGAGCAACAAGACGCACAUAACCUUGAAGCCGCCGGACGUCGCGAACAAGACCGCACACGCCGCGGACGACGAGCAUCCGAACGAGGGCCACACGACCUUCAACACCGGUGCUCUUGUGCGUGGUUUCUUAGUCUUUGUAGGACUAAGCAUCCUUGUUAUGGCCUAUAUCGUGUUCCGUAGCUUUAGGUUAAGUAAGACACGUGCUCAGAUGGUUCGAAAGUACGGUGUCCUUACGCACAGGCAGGAUGUCGAGAUGCGACCACUGCCGUUGGAGGAAGAAGACGACGAAGACACGACCGUUUUCGAUGCGAGUAACGUCUUGACGAAUAACGUUCAACAUCAGAACACAUAGGAGUACUCGAAAGUGGAGCGCACCGUUCGUGCUAUUACAUACUGUACAUGUUAUCGGUGUAAAGUUACUCCCGGCAUCGUGUGGUUUAAUAAGAGAUCCGACUAACUCUGAUCGUGAUUCUCUCUCAAGGUAGCUCUAAACGAGGAACUAACAAGUCGCGAAGCAGACUUGAUGAAUUUCUCAGCGUCUCUACUCGAAUCAAGUUAUUUGCUUAGUGCAGCGAGAUAUUAACAUCAGAUACGCAUCUGUGAUGCAUUUAUCAUUGACAUAUUGUGCUUUUCAGCAAUAUAGAUGUACUUUUCCUAAAAAGAAAGAUAAAUACAAGAUAUUUCUACCAAUACAUACAUAUA